AUGCCCGUUACGUCAGACCGAGGGCUGUAUAUAUUUACACCUCCUGCCCAACAGUCUUCAGUACGGGCUUUCAGUGCCCAGUGUGAUUUCGUGCCUCUGAGAAUGGUUCACGAAAAGCGGCAGGGAGCUCCUGCUGAAACUUCUACCGCAAGUACUUCGACGAAGGAGACGGAGAAAAAGAAACGAGUUUCGGGCUCUCUCUCGCAAUUGAUUCUUCAAGUUUUAGAAGCCUGCAAUUCCCGAAAAGGUAUCUCGCUGGCUGCUCUCAAAAAGUCCCUGAUCGAAGCUGGGUAUAACCUGACUAAGAACAACCUCCGCCUCAAAAGGGAGCUGCGCAAUUUGGUCUCCAAUGGGGUGCUGAUCCGUGUCACCGGCAGUGGUGUUUCUGGCUCCUUCAAGUUCGGCAAGAAUCAGCCGCCGAAGCCGAAAAAAGCAGCCGUCAAAACGGCCAAGGGGAAAAGGGUGCCUAAAAAGGCCCGAAAGAAACAACCGGCAGUUCAUAAACCUAAAGGUCUCCAGGGUCGUAAGCCUUCCAACUCUGGAAGGAAACGUCAGGUGAACAAACGUCCUGCAGGGAAAGCCCGUUAA